AUGAUUUCUUCAUUUUCUAGUGAAUGUCUUUUGAACAUAUUUGAAAAUUUCUUGACGGGAAAUAAUGAUUUAAAAAAUUGCAUCCUUGUGAAUAGAAAUUGGAGUUCAUUGGCUAUCUCUGUUCUUUGGAAAAAUCCAUUGACAGAAACUCUUAAAGUAAAACAAAGUAUUUCGGUUAUUACGACGUAUAUUACAUGCCUUCCACAAGAAUCCAAAGAUUCACUUAUCGCAAAUGGAUUGCAAUUACCGGAAAAAGUUUUAAGAAGAGAAUUAUAUGAUUACCCAUCACAUUUACAAAUCCUAAAUUACCAGAAUUUAUAUGAUGCUAUAAUUGAUUGGAUAGAAGAAAGUCAUCAAGAAGAUAUAAUGUUUCAUCAGUAUCAAUUAUUGGAUCAUAUCUUUAGAAUGUUUAUGGUGAAAUGUAUAAAUAUUCGUCGAAUUGAUAUUUCCAACUUGGAUGAUUCCACCAAAAUCAUCCAUUUCCCACUUUUACCAAACAGUGAUGAGUUUUUAUCAAAUGUCAAAGAAUUUUCUUGUAACGGAUCACGGAAUUCUGAUUUUAUUUACCUUUUAUCACAGAAGUGUACACAGAUUAAUUCAUUUCAUUUGAAAGGUCAAAAUAACGGACUGGCUCGGUUAAUCGAUAUGCAAAAGGUUCCUAUUAAAUCCCUUGAAGUCGAUUUUAGAACCAUGCCAAUACUUUCAAUUGAAAAGGUUAUCCAGAAAAAUAGUAACAGUAUAACAAAGUUGAAAUUAACGGGAAGUUCGAGAUUAUUUCGGAUUGAUUGUCAAAAUUUAAAAGAGUUGGUAUUAGAUUUAAACAUGGAUCUUGUAGGAUUAGCGAAAAAAUUUGGGGUUUCAAUAUUCCCAAAAUUGGUAAAGUUAGAUAUUUCGAUUAUAAAUCUUAAUUUGAAAUUUAUUUGCAAAUUUUUGAAGAAUCAUGGUGGAAUUAAAUAUCUUUAUAUCAGGAAGUCUUGUUAUCUCGCGUAUUUAAACGAUACUUCGGAAAUUGGAGACUUGAUGAAAAUACUUGUUAAAUAUUGUCACAAUCUGGUGGAGUAUAGGGGACCCUUUUCUAUUCUUUAUGAAGAGAUUAACGAGUGUUUUUUAUUGAAAUUAUUUAAAGCUUGUUUAAAUUUAGAAAAAUUAUGGUUUUGGGGCGAGAACCAGUUGGUUAAUAUCAGUGAAUUGGUAACAAUUCUAUCGAAUUAUGUUCCUAAAAGAUUGAAUACUUUGUACAUGGAUCCACUUUGGGUAAUUGAUGUAGAUUCUUUAGAUAUAUUCUUGAAUGAACAUAAGAACUUGGACCUUGAUAUUCCUUUUUUGAAAACAUCUCGUGAAGAGUAUGUCUAG